CUGUCUAAAAUCCAUAAACCUAACAACCCAGGUCGACCCAUCGUUUCUGCCUGCAGUUGUCCCACCGAACUUAUUUCCAGCUAUUUAGAUAAAAUUAUGGCACCUAUCGUCAAAACUUUACCGUCUUACAUUAAGGACAGCCAACACGCACUUGAAAUUUUUCGUGACUUUAGUUUCCUCGGCCAAAACAAACUUAUUUUUACUAUGGAUAUAAUAUCUCUUUAUACUGUCAUUCCCAAUGACGAAGGUCUCCGGGCCCUCAAACAUUUCUUCGAUCAUCGCACUGUUAAGCCAGCUCUGAAACACUACUCCGUCUAG